GCCGGGUGGCGGGCACAAGCGCGGGGAACCAUCCGUGCGUGGUAGAUAGCGCUGGCUCCGCAUCGGAGAUCCACGGCGCCUUCGUGAAGAACGGCGUAUCUCGCACCAGCGACGCCGAGGGCCACCCUGAGGUGAGAGCCGGCAAGAACUUCAAGCGGGGAGCUCAGAAGAACGUGAUGGGCUGGAUACGUGGAGAGGCCGCGGCCCAGAGGGCGCGAGCGGCGUCGGAGAAGCAGGGCGGCAGGGUCGUCGACACAGACGCUGAUCAAUUUCAGAGGCUGACCUUGCGACCGACAGCAAACGAGCAGCGCAUAACCUGGGACGAGCACCGCCGGUUGCGGAUCCUCGGAGGCCGCUGGCAGCACCACAGCGACGCCCCCGGAGAGCCCCUGCCUGUCCGCGAGUUGCACCAGGAGAGCGAGAUUCGCUCGGUCCUUCCGAGCAUGGACAUCGGUCAGCCAGCGGACGCUCCCUGGGGCGAACGGAGGCA